AUGAUCUGUGCAAUCAUAUAUAGCGGUCUGUGCAUUGGACAAUCAAAAUGGGGUCUUGGGCUGGACAUCAAGCUACGCCCGAAGCAAAACAUUGACGACUACUCUACGAUCAACUUCGCUGGCCGUCCAUUCUACAUGUUUGGUAUCCUCGGGUUCAAAGUUGCUCUGUGCUUCGCCUACCUUCGCAUCAUGAAAUCCAGCUCCUACAACUUCUACCGCGCGCUCACCUGGUCUGUGAUGAUAGCCUGCAUCAUUGGCCACGUUGCGGGUACCCUCGUUCUAAUCUUCCAAUGCAAGCCAGUUCAGAAGUCAUGGCGACCGCGCACACCUGGCAAGUGUAUGCCCAACGAUGCCACAUUUUACGGGCUUGCAGCGGUCACGAUCUUCUUUGACGUCGUGAUCUUCUUCUUGCCCAUUCCGUUACUACUGAGACUCAAUAUCAGUAUGAAGAAGAAGCUCGCGCUUGUCUGCGUAUUUUUGCUAGGGCUGCUCACGACUGUCUGCUCUGUCUUGAGGAUGGUGCAGAUCGAGACGAUUGCGAGGACGGGGAACUCGACCAUGCUGGUCUUGUGGGGCGUCAUCGAGUUGAACAUUGGAAUCAUACUCACCUGCAUCCCAACACUGGGUCCCUUAUUCCCCUACUUCCGCGGCACAUCCAUCGAGCGCACGCCCUCCAAACCCUCUGCAUAUCACCUCUCGGCCAUCGGCUCACGCACUCCCCAACGACCCCUCCGAACCUCUCAUAUCUCCUCAAACGAGAAAUACGGUGAGCGCACACAUGGCACACGGUUCUCCAACGCCGGCAUCAACGACCUCAGUGAGAGUAGCAGCGAGGAUAUGGUUAGGCUGAAAGAUAAUCCCGCGGGCGCGGGCGAAGGGAUUGUGAAGAAGACAUUUAUCAGGAUUAGUGUUGAUAAUGAUGGGGAUGUGGAGAGGCAGUCUGGUGAUGGGGCAAACGUUGCGAGGGCGUGGUAG